CGUCCCACACAACUUCGGGCCAAGAGUGAAGAAUAACUUCCGAUCACGUGAUGACCUACCAUUUUAGGAUCGACAACUGCCAAGUUUCUCGGAGAUGUCAUUUGUCCGCUUUGGAACUUCUUACUUUUCUCAUUGGAAAUUUUGAAAAGUCGUCGCAUCAUAGACUUCGGGGCUGAAUGUCGGUAUGCUCAUGUUUGAAAGUGCUGUCGUGUCGGGAUAGGAUGUUGCGCGGAGGUUUUGGUGUCCUUGUCCGGAGGGAGGAGACUUGGCGAUGGACAUGUAUAUGAAGAAGAAUGUCUUAAGACGAGCUGGAAGCUAAGAACACAGCUACCAUGAGCACCUACCAAUUACCCCACGGAGGAGGCUUCACCAACCCCAACUUCCCUAACCCGCAUGGAUCAGGCGAUGCCCGAAUAAUCAUCUACGGCUACACCCCCAGCCUAACCCUCUGCAUCCUAGCCAUCAUCCUCUUCACCCUCGCGUUCCUAACCCACCUCCUCCAAACCCUGCGCUACCGCCUCUGGUCCUUCAUCCCCCUAACCACCGCUUGCCUCCUCGAAACAAUCGGCUACAUCUUCCGCGUCCUAUCCUCGCAACUCGACCCCUACCGCAUCACCUUCUUCGUCGUGCAGUAUUUCCUGAUCGUCACUGCCCCGGUGCUCAUCUCGGCUAGCAUCUAUGUUUGUCUCACCAGGAUCAUCUCUUGGGCUGAUCACCACGGCUUGAGAGUCGGGAAUGGGAAAUAUUGGGUUUUGAGGAGAAAGGUUAUUUUGUGGUGGUUUAUCAGUGUCGAUGUUGUGACGACCAUUGUACAAGUCACGGGAGCAGGGUUGAUUGGCGGGAAGACGAGUAAGCAGGAGGAUCCUACGACGGCGAACAACAUUUUGCUUGCCGGUUUAGCUAUCCAGUCUUUUGCGUUUUUAAUCUUCCUUCUUCUGUUGGUUGUUAUUAUUGUCACGAUUUUGAAAGAUGGAGAGAUGAGAGAGACGAUCAAUAGGAAGAGGAGUCCAUUCUUGGGGGUGCUGUUGGUGGCGAGUGUCUUGGUGUUUUUGAGGACGGUUUUUAGGUUGGUGGAGACGGCUGAGGGGAUCUUUGGGUAUUUGAGUACGCAUGAGGCUUUCUUUGGGGCGUUGGAGUUUGCUCCUGUUAUAGUGGCAGUGUGGUUGUUGGCUGCUUGGCAUCCGGGGAGGUGGCCUACGAGGGAUGUGAGGAGGGGAGUGAAGGCUUGAGGAUGCUGUGAGAGAUUGAGAGGAAUAUGGACACUGGUUUUGAGG